AUGGAGAUAUUUUACUAUAUGGUGUUUGGGGCGUUGGCGGCGGUGGUGGCGGCGUUGGAGCUGAGCAAAAGCAACAAAGAUCGGAUUAAUACUUCUACAGCUUUCAAUUCGUUCAAGAACAAUUACUUGCUCGUUUACUCUCUGAUGAUGGCCGGUGACUGGCUGCAGGGACCAUAUGUUUACUACCUUUACAGUACUUAUGGUUUUGGGAAAGGUGAGAUUGGACAGCUCUUUAUUGCUGGAUUUGGGUCUUCCAUGUUAUUCGGAACUAUCGUUGGAUCUCUAGCAGAUAAACAGGGACGGAAGAGAGCAUGUGUCACUUACUGCAUCACGUACAUACUGAGCUGCAUCACCAAGCAUUCUCCCCAAUACAGAGUUCUGAUGAUCGGCCGUGUUUUGGGUGGUAUUGCAACAUCCCUCUUAUUUUCUGCUUUUGAGUCGUGGCUUGUGGCAGAGCACUUCAAGAGGGGUUUUGAUCAACAAUGGCUCUCAUUAACUUUCUCCAAGGCAAUCUUUCUUGGCAAUGGUCUUGUUGCUAUUCUAUCUGGGCUCUUUGGGAAUUUUCUUGUUGAUUCCCUGAAUCUUGGGCCUGUAUCUCCUUUUGAUGCUGCUGCCAUACUUCUUUCUAUUGGGAUGGCAGUUAUAUUAUCAUCUUGGACUGAGAACUAUGGAGACCCUUCAGAGAACAAGGAUUUGCUUACUCAGUUCAAAGGUGCAGCAGUGGCUAUUGCUUCAGAUGAGAAGAUAGCAUUGCUUGGUGCAAUACAGUCUUUGUUUGAAGGCUCGAUGUACACUUUCGUGUUCCUCUGGACACCUGCCCUAAGCCCGAACGAUGAGGAUAUUCCCCAUGGUUUUAUCUUUGCAACUUUCAUGUUGGCAUCAAUGUUGGGAAGCUCAAUCGCAGCCCGCUUACUGGCCCGCAAUACAAUUAAAGUGGAGAGCUACAUGCAGAUCGUGUUUGUUAUUUCUUCUGUCUCCCUUUUGCUCCCCAUACUGACUAAUUUCUUGGUGCCAACUUCUCCAAAGGUAAAAGGGGGUGGCAUCUCGUUCUCGGGCAGUCUUCAGCUUCUUGGCUUUUGCACUUUCGAAGCAUGUGUUGGACUCUUUUGGCCUUCGAUUAUGAAGAUGAGAUCCCAAUACAUUCCUGAGGAGGCCCGAAGCACUAUAAUGAACUUCUUCCGCAUCCCACUAAAUAUCUUUGUUUGUGUCGUGUUGUAUAAUGUUAAUGCAUUCCCCAUCACAAUAAUGUUUGGUAUGUGCUCCAUAUUCCUUUUUGUCGCCUCCAUUUUGCAGAGGCGCCUCUCAGCAAUCGGAGAUAAGCCAAAGUCGGACGACAGAAGAAAAAGCAGCAGCUCAAGCAUCUACAGAGCUCUCAGGAUUCAAAAUGCAGCAACCAAGAAGGCAAAAACACCAGCUGAAGAAGACUGGAAGAUCAAACGACAAGUUCUGCUCGAAAAAAGGGUAAGAAGUGUUGACGUAAAGGAAGCGUUUCGACUUCAGAACGAGAAUAAUUUCGUCAUUCUUGAUGUGCGGCCAGAGGCCGAGUUCAAAGAGGCUCAUCCUGAAGGUGCCAUUAAUGUGCAAAUAUAUCGGCUGAUAAAGGAGUGGACCGCUUGGGACAUCGCCAGACGAGCUGCAUUUGCUUUCUUUGGCAUAUUCUCAGGAACAGAAGAGAAUCCUGAAUUUAUCCAAAGUGUGGAGUCUAAAAUAGCUAAGAAUGCGAAGAUUAUAGUCGCGUGUUCGGCUGGAGGAACAACAAAGCCGUCACAGAAUCUUCCGGAAGGACAGCAAUCGAGGUCACUUAUAGCAGCUUACUUGCUUGUUCUCAACGGGUACAGUAAUGUCUACCACUUGGAAGGAGGGAUUUACAAUUGGUUCAAAGAAAGCCUACCAUCAGUAUCUGAAGAGUGA